AUCCCGAACCAUAAUAAUAUCUACUUUUUAGAGUGUGAAAUGUGAUGCGUUGGAUUUUGUCUCGACAAUUUUUCGGUCUUCUAAGAAAAACCCAAGAUUCAUCCAUGGUUUUGUACUAAGCUUCAAUGGACUGCGAUUAGUAGAUUCUCUGUUGUGACAUCACUUGACCGACUCUCUAUCAAUAUCAGGCAUUCAAUUGAAUUCCACCAAUGGCCACAAAACAUAGCAAUCCCGGUACUUGUAGUUAUUGCGCAAACGAAAUCAUCGAACAGAAAUACAGAGAAAAAUCAGACGAUGACAUCGACGUCACGGUCAAUCAGUGUGGUUGUAAUACAAUUACUUUUGAUUUGCACUUGUGCUGUACUUUCCGCAGCGAAUGCUAACAACAACGACGAAAAUGGCAAGAAUCGCUUCGAGCGAAAACGUAUAAAUGGAAACGGCGAUGUCACAAACGAAAUGAUCAACAAUCGCGAUGACACAGCGAGGGAAUAUUUAGAGUCUCUUUGGGAUAAUUUUGAAGACAAACAAGACCAAAAAGUGCAGGGUCGACGGCUAGCCUAUUUAGAAUCAAUGAUGGACAGGCUGUUAAUGAGUAUGAGCAUGCCAACUAAAUCACCGAGCAGCGAGCCACCUAAUAGCAAGACGCCUACUGCACCGAUUACACCUACGGAAUUUCCAACAUCAAAAGAACCUACAGAUAUGCGGCCGACCAGAAGCCCACUACCUGGUCCAACACUUCCAACACGAGUGCCGAUUCCGACCAAAGCUCCUAUCAAUGCCCCAUCUGAGCCUUUCACAUACAACCCCGUCGAAGUACCAACGCUUCCGAACCCACCCACACCCGCUCCAUUCUCCGCUCCUACGAGACCGUGCAUCGCAGCAGAUAAGGAGAGAAAUCUUUAUCAAGCAGUCUCAAGCACAACCGAUCGAUCUGUUUUCUUGAAUAUCAAUACCCCUCAGGGAAUGGCUUAUUCAUUUUUACUUGAGGAAGAGCCAUCAUUCAUUUGCUCUCCUACUUUGAUGCAACGGUAUGGCCUAUCCACAUUCUAUUUCGCCACAAAUGGCGAUUCUUGGACCAACAACCUUGGGUGGCUAACAGGAGUUCAAGAAUGCAACUGGUUCGGAGUUAAAUGCAACGAAGGAUUGUUCGCAACAAGCCUAAAUCUUGGUACGUAAGAACAACGAAAUUCUCUGAAUGCCCGAUUAAGAUGUUGUCAGGAACAAUCUAAUAUCUUUCAAUCUCUCUUUGUUAGCCCUUAACAAUGCCAAUGGCAUCAUUCCGAAUGAAAUUUCUGCCGUGAGCACUUUGCAAAAGGUCGACUUGUUUUCGAACUCAAUUACCGGUAAACUCCCAAAUCGUCUCUCGAGGCUUUCGAGCCUGGUCACAUUGGACCUACAAGAUAAUCUUCUCACAGGAGAUGCCUUUCCACGUGGAAUUACUAGUUUGGAGCGACUUGUAAGCUAUCGGAUUAGUAACAAUCAGCUUACUGGAUCGAUUUCCGCAGAUAUAACAUCGUUGCGGAGAUUGAAGGAGCUUUGGGCAGGAAACAACAUGAUUUCGGGAUCAAUUCCUUCGAAUAUUGGCGACCUCCGUGAUCUCAAAACAGUUUAUGUCAACAACAAUGCGCUUACGGGAAGGAUUCCGAGCGAACUCGGACUCAUUCCUCUAGAAGGUUUGGUAAUGAAUGACAAUUCAUUUUUUGAUGUAAUCCCCAGUCAGCUGUUCAAUGUUGCGAGUCUUGAUACCAUUCGUCUAGACAACAAUUUUUUAGUCGGUACUCUUCCAGAUUCAAUCGGUCAAUUAACCGAUCUUGAAAUUUUUCGAGUUGAAAACAACAAUCUGUCAGGUAAAAUUCCUGAGUCGAUUGGUUUUAUGACAAGUUUGGGUGAGUAUGGUACUUCGAGAAAAUUUUAAGAUUGUUUCCGCUUUCAUACUUGGUAUGAAGUAUUGAAGAUGACUUCCUAACACUGCUCUUUCUGCAUUUAAUACCCCAGUGAGCCUUCGAUUGAACGACAAUUUCUGGACUGGAACAAUUCCAGAUGUAUUUAGGAACUACAAGCAGCUCGAUUAUUUCGAUGUUUCGAACAAUAUGUGGGAAGGAAGUAUUCCGAAAACGAUCUUUUCGAUCGAGACACUUCGAUUAGCAUACAUGUCAAAC